GCAGCCUUAAAUACAACAGAGGAACUUAUUAAAGCUGAAACUUAACUUCGUCACUCCACUUCCUCUUGUGGCUUGAUUUACAGAAACGCUUUUCACACUCAGUGUUGGUUUCACGGACUCUCAGUGUGAUACACAGAAAUGGCUAGCAAAGCUCAAGGAGGCAAAGCGUUUGGUCUUCUCAAGACACAACAGGAAGAAAGACUGAACUCUAUUAAUGAGGCUUUUCUCUCAGAUCCCCAGUAUGCAGAGGAAGAAGACCUUAGCUCAAAGCUUGAAAUGUUCAAAAUGAAAUACAUGGAGUUUGAUCUUAAUGACAAAGGAGAAAUAGAUAUAAUGGGGUUAAAAAGGAUGCUGGAAAAACUUGGAUUGGCCAAGACUCACUUAGAGCUGAAAAAGAUGAUGUCAGAGGUGGUUGGAGGGACAUCGAAAGACACUAUCUGCUACCAUGACUUCCUGAAUAUGAUGCUGGGGAAAAGAAACGCAAUUCUAAAACUGAUCUUGAUGUUUGAAGGCAUGGGAAAGGAGCAGGAGUCCAAAGAUGCUGGACCACCUCGUCGCAAAACCUUUUCAGAUCUGCCCUGAAGGAGCUCUACAUCGCAGCAGGAAUUGUCACUGUGACUAUUUUUCAGAUCUAAAAUUUACAUCAACAAGAAAAUGGAAAAAUGCAUAUUGUAAAAUGUGCAUUUUUAUGAAGUUAUGGAAUCUACAUAAAAUGUUUGUUCAUUCUGUCUUGUGUGAAUAUGACCACAGUACAGAUUAUAGACAAGUAAAUGCUUAAGCCUACUUCCCCUAUAUGAUGUUGAAUUAGAUGCUUAGUUAAAUACAAAACACUAUAUAUUGAUAUUGAAUUUAAAUGUGAAUGGUUAUUAUCAUCAUAACAAAAUACCUUAAUUAUUACUAUAACAAUAUAUAGAGAUUGACUGGGUUUUAUAUAAGGUGUAGGCCAACAUUGUACAAGAUACAAGUUAACUUUUGAACGUAAAAAGGCACAUACACAAUGAAACAAUCAGAAAGUCUAUGUUACCAUAGUUCUUCUGGAAAUUCAUUAAAAAGUCAAUGGAGAGAAAA